AUGCGAGCGUACUACUUCGAUAACCUCCCGGGCGACCAGCGCCUUCCUCACGACUACGUCCCCUCUCGUCCAGUGCCGCCAGCGCUCCUCGAAUCCAUCGGUGUCAAAUACUGGGAGAUCCCCGUCGAAGGAUACGAAGCCAGAAUUGAUGCAGUCGCCAAGGAGCGAGACUACAAGAAUCGGGAUAUGAUUAACGUAUCGAAAGAAGGCAUGGGCGAAGUAUACGAAGAUAAGAUCAAGGGAUUCUUUCAGGAACAUAUGCACGAGGACGAGGAAAUCCGAUACAUCCUUUCUGGAAGUGGCUUCUUCGAUGUACGAGAGUCGCCCUCGGAUGCCUGGAUACGUAUCGCCGUCGUGCCAGGCGACCUUAUUGUCAUCCCCGCUGGGAUUUACCACCGCUUCACACUGGACGAAGCAAACAAUAUCAAGGCUCUCCGCCUGUUCAAAGAUGAGCCAAAAUGGAUCCCACACAAUCGGGGCCCAACCACAGACGUUAAUCCAUAUCGGGUCGAUUAUUUGAAGAGCAUCGGCGUUGGCGCCUGA